CCUGGGUGGCUCAGUCGUUAAGCGUCUGCCUUCGGCUCAGGUCAUGAUCCCAGGGUCCUGGGAUCGAGCCCCUCAUUGGGCUCCCUGCUCUGUGGGAAGCCUGCUUCUCCCUCUCCCACUCCCCCUGCUUGUGUUCCCUCUCUCGCUGUCAAAUAAAUAAAUAAAGUCUUAAAAAAAAUAAAAGCCCUCCAGGGCAUUCUGAUGCACACUAAGGCCUGGGUACCAGCACCUUAAUUAUGGUAACAAUAGCUAAUUUUUAGAGCAUCUAAAUGUGCUCAUCAGUGACUCUUCUAAAGAGUAUGUACCCGCUCACCUGUGAUGGAGGUACUAUUACUCACUCCAUUUUACCCCAGCGAGAACUGAGACACAGAGAGGUGAAGCAGCUUGCCCAGGGUCACACAGCUACUAAGCGGCUGAGCCUGGAUUUAGACGUGGGGAGGCUGGCUCCACGCACUGAGCUACCAACCACUGUUCAUAUGGUUUUGAAUUCCCAGCGCUGUGCAUCCUGGACCUUCACCGAAGUCCACAGUCUUUAUCAGCUGCUCCAGGGGGCUGACUGCCCUGGGGACCCCUGGCUCUCAAGGUUCUUUCCCUGCCUCUCCUCAGGGUCCGCUGAGUCUGCUCUGACCACACAGGGCAGCUUCCCACUUCCUGCUUCCUGGGGAGCUGGCGGCUGGGAAACCCCUGGGCUGAGGUGGAGGGAAGCGGAUGUUGUGAGCUGACCCCAGCUGCAUUGUCAACCAGACCCAGAGACAGAGGCCUAUAGCACGCUGGGUGAAACUCGUUCAUGUCUUGCGUCAUUUCCUCGUUCAGUAUUUAGUGAUCCCAACCAGAGAGAAGUCAGAGCCUGCAGAAAGCCAGAGGCAGAUAGAAGGGGACGAGGGGAAGAGGAAAACUGUCCAUUCAUUUUACGAUUCUUCCUACAAGUCCCCUCCUGCACUAGGGAUGGUUGAAGAUACCAACCCUGAUGCUGGAAAGUGAUCAAGGAACAGCCAAGGCCCAGAUGCAGAGGCUGAUUUAUGGGGGCUGUGCUGGGGAGCUGGAGUGAGCAUGCCAGGUGGGAGAGGGCAAUCCAUCACUGCUUCCUAGGGGAGUGGCAAGUCCCCCCCCCCACCUGCCUGGCCCCUACUGGGGGGUGAGCCUGCCUUGCCCUCUGCCAUGUCACCAAGGCCCCUGCUCUCAGGGGCAGGUGGCAUUGCCUAGGAGUUUGGGGAGCUCUAGCACUCCCCCCACUUUUCUGCCCCAGUUUUCUUGGGUCUAGAGUCCCUUCGAACCUUUGGGUGGGGGCAAGGGUGGUUGCGGGGGGAGGAAGGACCUCCCCCCCAGAUAGAACCCUGGUCAAGUCCCUUCUCUGUGACUCAGCUUUCUCCUCUGUAAAUGAGGGCCUCAGCCCAGCCGGGCCAGCCGCACAGGGUGGUCGUGGCGGUGAAGGGGUAUGGCCAUGGGCUGCCAAGCUCUGUCCCACCUGAGACAAGCAGGAGGUCGGAAGGAGGAACUUGCCUCUGACGACUGUGCUCCCAGGCGUGUGCCGGGCUCUGCGUGGGGAGAUGUGUGUUGGGCACCCAGGGGUGGCUGCAGCCCAGGGCCCGCGCGGGCAGGCGUGUCCACCUGUGCAUCUUUGGAUGGAUCCAAAGAUCCAUCACGGGUACAUGCGUGGUGCAUGAGUGUGUGUGCACACGUGCGUGUGCGGGCCUGUGCGUGUGCAAACAUACUGAUGGCCCGAGCUGCCUGUGAUCCCUUUACUCCUGCCAGCUGGGGAGGACCCCUCUGGGGCGCGGUGGUGGGGGUGUGGCUGGGUGCUCAUGCCCAGGCCCCAUCCAGCUGGUUAUUUAUUGAUUAAUUCUGCUGCCAGCUGAUGGAUGCCAAGCCGAUGCCAGGCGCAGGCCCUGGGCUGAUUUACAUAAUUAAAAACCAUCAGUAACAGAGCCAGGCCUCACCCGCCAACUGCUUCCUCUGGCAUGACAACAAGCUGAGCCUCCCUCCUCCACCCCCACCCUUGCCUCUGCACCCCAGGUCUUCCUCGCCUGCCUGACCCCCUCCCUCUCCCGGCCCGCCCCGGGUCAGCCUACCGGCCUGGGCCACUCCAUAUCAGCCCCUGCCCAGUCUGAUGGAGAGAUUGUAGUGUUUUGGGAUUCUCGAGUCACUGACUCCAAGAUUCUAUUAGUCCAUGGUUCUUUGAUGGAGAGUCUCAGAUUAGAAGAGAUUCAGCUGUGAUCCUCCAAGUAUGUGAUUUUUCAAGAGUCUAUUACUCUACGUGACAAAGGGGAAAAAUGUUUGCUCUCAGCAGUCCUGCCUGCUCUCAAGGAGGUGGGGCUGCUCUCAGGAGAGCCUGGCUUUCCGCGGAGGCCACCGUGGUGGGUGGGGUGUGUCCAUCACUGCUUUACAGAGGAAGGAGCCAUUUGUCACGGCCGAAGGCUCAGGGCAGGGGCGGGUGCUGGGGAGUCUGGGCAGAAGGAAGGAGGACCCAAGGACGCCUCGGGAAGGGGCGGGGAGAUAUCCCUCGUGGAGGCCCCCCUCUAAGAGGGGCUUCAGAAAAUUCUGGAUUCAGCAGAGCGUGUGAUGUCAACCCCCUUGCUGGUGUUGCUUCCAGUGUCUUCAGAAAAGGCCCUCACAUCUAGAGAGGCAGUUUGGGGUGACCAGCAUGGGCUCCUCCACAUCCCAGCUGUGUGAUCUUGGGAAGCUACUCAGCCUCUCUGAGCUAGUUACCUUCUCACCUGUGAAAUGGGGCUUGUUGUAAGGAUGAAAUGUUAAUCUGUGCAAUGGGCUUAGUAGUCAGCCAGCAUGUGGUGAACCCCUCAUGAAUGGUGGCUGUUAUUGUGUGGGAGUGGGUGUUUUGGGGAGACCUUCAGCGGGCUCGUCAGACUUGGUGAAAGCAGAGACUCGCUGGGGUCUCUACACAGGAGGGCUAGGUCUGCUUGUCUCCGUAGGCCGGCUCGCAGUGAGGCAGGUGCUCAGAGGAUGUUUGUGGAAUGAAUGAUUUUCUCUUUCCUCAGCCCUUCCCGAACACGGGCUGGCCUCAGCCAGCACUCAGCCACUUCCCCUCCAGCUGCCCUUCCUCCAAAGCUGUUUGGGGAAGACACAGCUGACUGACCCCACGCCCAACGCCGCGGCCUGAAGGUGCACCCACAGACCCCAUCCCACAGUGCCCCACAUCUUAGUCUGAGCACGAUAGGACCUCAGCAUCUCAGUUUUCUGGUCCAGAACUGCAGAACUGAAGACCCACAGAGCAGUCUUGCACCCACCCAUGACACCUUGGUCUACAUCAUGGCACAGGUGAACCACCAAUCUUAGGCCCCCAUGUUCCGGGCACAUAGUAGGCCCUCCAUCAUGACUUGCCAAGUGUAUGAAAGAGCCAGGCCUCCCCAUCUAGCCCGAUGACAAGCUAGCUCGUCCAGCAGCUCACGGCUCCCAACCAGGCAGCUGCUUCUCUUGAUUUCACCAGAGCGGACAACCCAUCGCUCAGCCACAGAAACACUCCGAUGGCUUCCCAGAGCGAUGCUCGAUUGUUUUGUUGGGGGGAAAGAUGUGCAAACUUCAGAGGCUCCUCGCCGCCGCCAGACGAGCCGACAUGAGAGACCCCACACUGGUCGUAGGAGCCAGGUGACAGAUGGGUCUCUUCCUUCCUGCCCCAUCUCUCGCGCUCCCUCCUCAGAGCUUCACUCUCCAGCCUCCCGUGGGAAUCGUGGGAAUCGUCUGAAGUUCUGAGCCCAGAACCGGAGGAGGAGGAAGAGGAGGAGGAGGAGGAGGAGGGAGAGGAAGUCGAGUCUCGAGAGCCUGUGCACCUUCCCAGAAACAGGCGGUGGGGGUGUGUCCCCGUGUGUGUCCCGGUCCCGGUGGCCCACGCCUGCUGCUAGCGCCCCGGAGGACCCCCCACCCCACCCCGCAGUUGGCACCGGCCGUGUCUGCUUCUCCCGGGGCCCCUGUGCCGGGGGUCGCCCCCAAGAUGGUGGCGGCCCCAGGGAGGACUGUGCCGCCGGCCCCAGCCUCCCGCUGCUAGGUGCCCCCCACGCCCCGGCCCCCCUGCCCCCCAAGCCCCGCCUUCCCCGGCGGGGGGGGGGCCGCGGCCGGCGCCAUGCUGCGCCUGGGCCUGUGUGCUGCCACCCUGCUGUGCGUGUGCCGGCCGGGCGCCGUGCGCGCCGACUGCUGGCUCAUCGAGGGCGACAAGGGCUACGUGUGGCUGGCCAUCUGCAGCCAGAACCAGCCCCCCUACGAGACCAUCCCGCAGCACAUCAACAGCACCGUGCACGACCUGCGGCUCAACGAGAACAAGCUCAAGGCCGUGCUCUACUCCUCGCUCAACCGCUUCGGGAACCUCACCGACCUCAACCUCACCAAGAACGAGAUCUCGUACAUCGAGGACGGCGCCUUCCUGGGCCAGUCGAGCCUGCAGGUCCUGCAGCUGGGCUACAACAAGCUCAGCAACCUGACCGAGGGCAUGCUGCGCGGCAUGGGCCGCCUGCAGUUCCUCUUCGUGCAGCACAACCUCAUCGAGGUGGUGACGCCCGCCGCCUUCUCCGAGUGCCCGAGCCUCAUCAGCAUCGACCUGUCCUCCAACCGCCUCAGCCGCCUGGAUGGCGCCACCUUCGCCAGCCUGGCCAGCCUCAUGGUGUGCGAGCUGGCCGGCAACCCCUUCAACUGUGAGUGCGACCUCUUCGGCUUCCUGGCCUGGCUGGUGGUCUUCAACAACGUCACCAAGAACUACGACCGCCUGCAGUGCGAGUCCCCGCGCGAGUUCGCCGGCUACCCGCUGCUGGUGCCCCGGCCCUUCCACAGCCUCAAUGCCAUCACCGUGCUCCAGGCCAAGUGCCGCAACGGCUCGCUGCCCGCCCGGCCCGCCAGCCACCCCACGCCCUACUCCACCGACGCCCAGCGGGAGCCCGACGAGAACUCGGGCUUCAACCCCGACGAGAUCCUCUCGGUGGAGCCGCCGGCCUCGUCCACCACGGAUGCGUCGGCGGGGCCCGCCAUCAAGCUGCACCACGUCACCUUCACCUCGGCCACCCUGGUGGUCAUCAUCCCGCACCCCUACAGCAAGAUGUACGUCCUGGUCCAGUACAACAACAGCUACUUCUCCGACGUCAUGACGCUCAAGAACAAGAAGGAGAUCGUCACGCUGGACAAGCUGCGGGCGCACACCGAGUACACCUUCUGUGUGACCUCGCUGCGCAACAGCCGCCGCUUCAACCACACCUGCCUGACCUUCACCACGCGGGACCCCGUCCCCGGCGACCUGGCGCCCAGCACCUCCACCACCACCCACUACAUCAUGACCAUCCUGGGCUGCCUCUUCGGCAUGGUCGUCGUGCUGGGCGCCGUCUACUACUGCCUGCGUAAGCGGCGUGUGCAGGAGGAGAAGCAGAAGUCGGUCAAGGUCAAGAAAACCAUUCUGGAGAUGCGCUAUGGGGCAGACGUAGAUGCCGGCUCUGUGGUCCACGCCGCCCAGAAGCUGGGCGAACCCCCCGUGCUGCCCGUGUCCUGCAUGUCCUCCAUCCCCUCCAUGAUCGGGGAGAAGCUGCCCACCUCCAAGGGGCUGGAGGCCGGGCUGGACACACCCAAGGUGGCCACCAAGGGCAACUAUAUCGAGGUGCGCACGGGCACGGGCGGGGACGGCCUGGCCCGGCCCGAGGAUGACCUCCCGGACCUGGAGAAUGGCCAGGGCUCGGCCGCUGAGAUCUCCACCAUCGCCAAGGAGGUGGACAAGGUCAACCAGAUCAUUAACAAUUGCAUCGAUGCCCUCAAGCUGGACUCGGCCUCAUUCCUGGGGGGGGGUGGCGGCGGCGGGGACCCCGAGCUGGCCUUCGAGUGCCAGUCCCUCCCCGCGGCCGCCGCCGCCUCCUCGGCCGCCGCCCCCGGGGCGCUGGAGCGCCCCAGCUUCCUCUCACCCCCCUACAAGGAGAGCUCCCACCACCCCCUCCAGCGCCAGCUGAGCGCCGACGCCGCCGUGGCCCGCAAGACCUGCAGCGUGUCCUCCAGCGGCUCCAUCAAGAGCGCCAAGGUCUUCAGCCUGGACGUGCCCGACCACCCGGCCGCCGCGGGGCUGGCCAAGGGCGACUCCAAGUACAUCGAGAAGGGCAGCCCCCUCAACAGCCCGCUGGACCGGCUGCCGCUGGUGCCGGCGGGCGGCGGCGGGGGCGGCGGCGGGGGCGGCGGCGUGCACCACCUGGAGGUGAAGCCCGCCUACCCCUGCAGCGAGCACCGACACAGCUUCCCAGCCCUGUACUACGAGGAGGGCGCCGACAGCCUGAGCCAGCGCGUGUCCUUCCUCAAGCCGCUGACCCGCUCCAAGCGGGACUCCACCUACUCGCAGCUCUCGCCCAGACACUACUACUCAGGUUACUCCUCCAGCCCUGAGUACUCAUCCGAGAGCACGCACAAGAUCUGGGAGCGCUUCCGGCCCUACAAGAAGCACCACCGGGAGGAGGUGUACAUGGCUGCCGGCCACGCCCUGCGCAAGAAGGUCCAGUUCGCCAAGGACGAGGACCUGCACGACAUCCUCGAUUACUGGAAGGGGGUCUCGGCCCAGCAGAAGCUGUGACCCUCUCCUUGCCGGUGAGGCCGGAGGGGGAGGGCUGGGGGCACCCCCGGGGAAGGGCCCGGCGGCCGGGCAGGGGGAGGGGGCGGCGCUGGGGGGCCGCGGCCGGGGAGUGGACGCACACGCACACCCGCACGCACGCACCCAUGCACACACCUGACCACCACCUGACUGUGAACAGCCACCACCCGACAACAACGGACAGGAAAACAAAGACACGUUCUCCUUAAAGUUUACACACUGAUACCGAAACCAGUCGUCUUUACUGUGCUGCCCAGGGACUCUGCUGGGGUGUGCGGGGCUGGGGGGGGGGCGCAGGCCAGGAAGCCAGAAGGGGGUGUGGGGUCUGGGGCUCUGGGACUAGGCGGAGGAGUCUGGGGGCAGAGAGAGGGUCCUCCCCACCCCCUACUCUGGGGACAGGUCACUUGGAGAUUUAGCACCAGGCAGAUAUUGGGCCUCAUUUCCUUUCUUUUAUGGCUGGGGAAACUGAGGCCCAGAGAAAGGAGGUGAUCACCCCAGGGCCACGUGGCAGGUUAGGCAGUUUCCCAACUUCCCAGCCCAGUGCUAUCCCCCACCCUUCGCCCGCCACCCCCUUCCAGAGCUGUGGUCUCCUGGGGCUGAGGGACUUGAGAAAUCAGGCAGGUGCUUUUCCUUUCUAGAAAGCCCCACGGCCACGGCCCCGAGCGUGGAGCUGUGAUUCAUCACGCUGGGGGUCCUUCGCCCCCCCGGCCCCCCCCAACGCCAGCACCCAGGAGAGACGGGAGGUCUUGCUUGCAAGAAAGGAGCAGAGGCACGGGGCCAUUCCACCAGCCCCCUUCAAGUGUCUUCCAAGUAGCCUGGGAGCUGCUUCUGGGGUCUGAGGAGAGAGCAGGUGGGCCUGCUCCCACCGCCUCUCAGGUGCAGGCCCCCUUGCCCCAGCCCCCUAGCCUCUCUGGGCCUCUAGGACCCCUCCUCAUCCCAGAGGGCAGCAGUGAACUGUGAUGCCUGGGAGCAGUGGGGAGGCAGGGUAUAAGGGGGGGUCUUCCUGCCUGGGCCCCCCACAUCCUGGUCUCCCACCUUCCUGACCCCCAUCGUGGGAUCUCGGGGCAGGGGGAGGAGGGCUUUCCCAGGCGUACUCACCCACCACCUCUUGGCUGCCCCUCCUUGCCCCACCCCCUGGCCAGAGGGGCUCCCAUGUUUCCAUGGAGAUGGCCGCUUCCCCCCUUGCUGACCCCCACCCAACAUCGAACAAAGCACAAAUAGUGAGCACCACCCCCCUGCUGGGGUGGGGGGGAAGCAGGCAGGUUCGUAGGGCCCCUCCCUCUCCCUGGCCAGCUUCUGUCGCCAUGGCAACCCAGGGCCUGGCAGUUGGGACUGUUGGGCUCCUGGGGUUUCUCUCUCAGUGUGGGCGGCAGAGGGUGGUAAGGGAGGGCAGGCCCAGGCGGCCGCAGCCUUUUUCAACAGCUAGGGGUUUUCAGGGUCGAGUCUGUGGGGAGGGGGGCGGGGCACG